AUGCGUUUGACCAUCAGCGCGAGGACCAGAUGAUUUGGCAGCCAUAUACUGAGGCGGUGAUGGAUCGACUUCCGGAGAUUUGUCGCUCAGACAUGCACAUUUGGCGUUCACGGGCACCUCUGAUAUGCUUUGACGUCGUUGAGUUCCACCUCCCAGACCGAGUCCUUCGUCAGUUCGGGUUAGACCAGCCGAUCCCACAGGAUGUAGACACGGACGUUGCUCUACACAGGAAGGAUCGAAGGGGACAGCGUAAUUGGGAGAUUCGACAUUCGGACCAUGUACACGAGUGGAGUCGACGAGAGGCAUUAGUCGUCCAGGGAUACCCGUUCACUGGGACUUCUUCCCCGGCCAUGACAGAGUACAUGGCUUGGUACCGUCGCAUCACGAGACUGGUCAUUACUCCACCUUUGCAGGAGCGCCCCCCGAGUCAUUACCAGCCAGCUACCUCUGACCUCCUGCUUGCACAUGCAUUUGCUGAUUUGCACGUCCAGCUAUCGGGAGCUACUGAGACCAUCUCCCACUUGCCACCAGAGACGGCUAUACCAUUUGCCAUACAGACGAUGCAGGGUUUUACAUCAUUUUGUGGCCAAACCUUGUCUAGGGUGGGGCAGUCACACCUUAUUCAGCAGCCUCGACCGUCCACGUCUUCAUCUUCUACUGUGCACACUAUGCCGAUCAGACCACCACCUCAUCGUGGAGGCCAUUCAGCACGUGCCUUCCGUCCACCGACUCCUUCUCAGCAUACUAUCAUGACAUCUCCUCCACUAGUGCAUCGCCAGUAUCAGAGAAACCGACGGCGUAGCAACACUACGUCUGGGGUUGGAGUUGGCCUGGAUGACAUUCCAGAGGAGACAACUGCAUCAUCUUCAUCGUCACCUCAUGGGAAGAAACAACGCCCGAGCUAA